CGUCACUAACACGGAAGCGAAAGUAAAAUCCGAAUAGGCAUUUAAUAAAAAGACAGGAGCUUGCUUUCGACUGCAUUCUCAACAGGAAUUCCAUACCUUUCAUUCGUACACUGGGUAUCAAGUAAUAUGUCUGUUGCAAACCCUAAGCAAACCUUUUUAAAUCCGACUGUCCCUUUCGCUGGCACCAUCCUCGGCGGGUUGCGGCCUGGAGAGAUGGUGCUGAUUCAAGGCACUGUGCUGAGCGAUGCAGACAGGUUUCAGGUGGACUUGUCAUGUGGGAGCAGCACCAAGCCUCGUGCCGACAUAGCCUUCCACUUCAAUCCGCGAUUCAAGAGAUCUCCAUACAUAGUGUGCAACUCCCUGCACCAGGAACGCUGGGGAAAGGAGGAGAUCCACUAUCAGAUGCCGUUUCAGCAGGGGGCAGCAUUUGAAAUCAUCAUCCUGGUGCAGAAGGUAAUGUUCAAGGUGGCAGUGAAUGGUGGCCAUUUGCUGGAGUACAAACAUCGGCUAGAUCUAGAUAAGGUGGAUACUAUAGGGGUAUUUGGGAAGGUCAAACUGCAAGCGAUUGGAUUCAUCCCAGCCUCAAGCCCAACCCUAAAUCCUCCAUCUAGUCUGGUGACCAAGGCAGUACAAUCCAAUGCAAUACUUUCAGAGUCUGGUGACUUGAGCCUCCCAUAUAUUGGCCGACUGCUGAGAGGACUGGACACUGGGAACACGCUUACAGUGAAAGGGCAGAUCAGCCUCUACCCACACAGCUUCACCGUGAACCUGCGCAUCAGUGACACCAAGGACAUUGCCCUGCACCUGAACCCUCGCAUCAAGGCGGGAGUCUUUGUGCGCAACUCCUUCCUGGGCGAGUGCUGGGGCCCUGAGGAGAAUACCCUGCCCAUCCCCUUCCCCUUCCACCCUGGGAAGUACUUUGAGAUAAUUGUACGGUGUGAGGCCCAUCUCUUCAAAGUAGCUGUUAACGGCGAGCACGUGCUGGAUUACAAGCACCGGGUCCAAGAUGUGAACCGUAUUGACGAGCUGGAAAUCGUGGGCGACCUGCAGCUCCUUGACGUCAAGCUGUGGUGCCCUGCUGCCUGAGCAUGACGGGCAGCACCUCGACCCCUAACCUCAGGAGGCUGGUACCUUCCCAUACAUACAUUCCUCAUCUGACUCAUGGAUUUGGUUGAGCUGUCCUUCACUUUAACAUCUUAAACCAAGACACUGAUUGUGGGCCCAAACCAAACAUGCAGUUUUAAUCCCUUCUUUUAAUUAAAACUCAGAUUAAAAUAAUUAUUAAAAUCAUAAAUCAGUAAAAAUAUAUUUUUACAAUUGCGGCAGGUAAAAAUAUUCAAAAACAUGGUUAUUGCUUAUAAGAUAACAGGCAUAUUAGCACUAGGGGGAAGGCUGGAUUACGCUGGUCAUGUAAUGUUUAGUCUAUUAGCGUCUGAGGUAUCUCAGGAAAAUCAUUUGGUAGAUAUUCCUUUUCCACCUGCCACAUACACACCAUCUAAGUUCAGCAUGUUCUAUGGAAGUAAUUCCAUAGAUUCCAGCAAUCCGACAAUUUAGGAUGAAUGUCAGAUUCAUACCCCCAUUUCUAAUACCAUGUGGCAAUUUGUAAUCUCUGAAGAUAUCAACGGAAGUUUAAAAAAGCACAAUGGUAAAAGUAUAUGAAAUGUGUGAUUUUAUCACUGUGAUACUUAGGGUGGCAGCGGUAGAGGGCACUGCACUUUGGUGUACUGGGACCUGCUUAGAUGGGGCAGCACAUUGGGAUGAUCACUGAUUGGAAUGUUUCACUGAUGAUCAAGCAGCAAUCACCUGCCAAGGAGAGCGGAACCAGGCUGAUUGACAUUGAGCUGCUCGUCCAUGUUCACCACACAUCUAGCAGUAUUUAGUUUGACUGAAGCCAUAAGAACAGAUUUAAUUCAAUCAGGGACACUGAAUAUAUAGUGAGUCAGCAACCUCUAUGCAAGCUUCCACCUUGGUUUAUGUCACCAAACUUGCUGACAGCAAAGCUUGCUGGGAAAUUGUGCUGCUGUAGUUCUCGUCUCCUUUUUUUAAAAAAAGGCUUUUCUAAUGAAACUUUUGUUCUGCCCCAUUGCAUUGUUUCCCAGUACACUGAGUUGAAAUUUGUCAGCUAAAUAGUAGCUCUCCAACCUGUAUUAUGCAGCAAUAUUGCCUAAGGUUUGCAUCAUGCUUUAUUAUAGGAACAUGUAUAUAUGACUACUGUUUGAGCUUCUGAAUAAACUGAUAAGCAAGA